UAAGAAUGGGCAGGUCUCCAUGCUGUUCUAAAGAUUCUGCGAUCAACCGUGGGGCUUGGACUGCCUAUGAAGAUAUGAUUUUGAGAGAAUAUAUUGCAACACAUGGCGCUGGGGGAUGGAGAUCUCUACCCAUUAAAGCAGGUCUGAAGAGAUGUGGGAAGAGUUGUAGAUUGCGAUGGUUGAACUAUCUUCGUCCAGAUAUUAAGCGUGGAAACAUUUCUGUCGAUGAAGAGGACCUCAUUAUUCGAUUGCACAGACUCCUUGGCAAUAGGUGGUCUCUCAUUGCUGGACGACUUCCUGGUCGGACCGACAAUGAAAUAAAGAACUACUGGAACACACAUCUAAGAAAGAAGUGCUUUCCUCGAGACCAAUCUCUUCCAAAUCCCAACACAAAAUCAAAUCCUACUUCCCCAGGAGAUGAUCAUAUCGCCCAAUAUACUCCCGUCAAAGCAACGGCGGUUAGAUUAGCAAAGUACUGCAACAAAUAUUUCAAUGCCAGUAGCGUUCCAGAUCAUCAAGAUUUCAAUCCCACUGACACUUCUCAAUCGUUGUCGUUGUUAUUGAGCGAGGAAUUGGUGACAGAGAAUGAGUGUGGUUUCAUCGACCCUGCACUUGACAAUAGUUCUUCUCAAUCCAUGCAAAUUAAAGAUCAACUUUCUACACCUUGCAUGGCCAAUGUAAUUGACUCGACCUUGCCACCUUCUAAGCAUUGUUUAGAAGACAAAUCAGAGAGUUUAUUGUAUAACCAUCAAGUGCAAUCUGCGGAGUCUGAUCUUCUGUAUACCUAUUCUCGCGAAGAUUUCGAUAUCGAGGAAUUCUUAGCAAGGCCUGAUAAUAACUUGGAAGGAUUCCAUUGUCUUGAUGGAGAAGAUGAAAGUUUUACAGUCAGUGAUGGAGAAGGAAUGGAGGGAAUGUAUAGCAUGAUUGGGUAGAUCAAUUGGGCCCGGCUUAACAGGCACCCUCUAAGCAUUGACUUAGAAUGUGCCGUGCGAUGUGGGCCCAGUUGUCUUCUAACCUUUUCCGUAUCCGUCGAAUGCUUUUCCAUUUUCCGUUUCUUAAGUGUGUCGUGUCGUGCGAUGUGGGGCCAUUUGUCUUCUAAUCUUUUCCGUUCCCGUUGAAUGCUUUUCAUUCUCCGUUCCGCCUUUGUUACCGCUCACAUUGAACGUUUGGAGGAUUUUUUUUUUUUGUUAAUCCCACAUGCAUUGCGUGAGAUUCAAAAAUGGAGAAGGUGGC